ACCGGUAAAACAAUAUGGCGUCAACAACACAGACAGAAAAUUUGUCGAAAAAUAAAACUAAAUAACUUAACCUUUGUUGUUCUUUUACUGUAAUAGUUGUUAUUUCUUUAAUUUAAAUUCUCCUAACAUUAAUAAAGAUCUAGACUUACUAGGUCUAGUCAAUAUCAAUCAUGAUUGUUUAAAUCCCUGAAACCUUGAUUCCUUUUUCAUGAAGUGUGGAUGAAAUAAAAAAAAAUCAAUCAUGCAGUCUUCAUCGGAUGAAUGUGAGGAAGAUGUACAAGUUACGGCUGAAGAGAUCAGAAGAAAACGCUUGGAGUAUUUUAAUUCACACAAAGUGACUUCUGAUGGUAUUGUAAAUGUUGCUCCUGACAGUCCUGGAAUAAAAGUAAUUGCACCAAGCAAUGAACAGGCUGAGCUGAGACACAUGAAUGACAAUGAAAACCACCAAAUAUCAAGAGAUGGUGUAAAAAACUUGCAAGGUACAUUACAAAACUCAUUAAAGAAAAAAGAGACAAAAUUCUCUGCAAUAAUGCCUCCUAAAAAUACUAUAAGUUCUCAACCAGAUAAGAUCACUGGAGAGCUAGAUAGCAGGCCUGUGAAUCUGAAGGAAAAUUUAAUCCAGUCCAGCAAAACUGAAUCACAAAGCUCUGAUUCAAGAUAUCAAAAUUUCCCCAAUCAUAAAAGAAACUGGGUUGACCUGGGAUCAUCCUCAUCUCAGGCAAAUAAUUUGGGGUCUGAAAUGAAAAUCUUUGAGAGAAGCAAGCCAUCUUAUGAACCCUUUAGUCCUAGGAUGCAGGAGAGUAUUAAAGCAGCUCUAGGAGAGAAAGGUUUGCAGGAUCUUCUUGCUAAAGUAAGCUUGGACAUUGAGAGACUACACCAGGAGCAAGAGAGGGAAAAAAACAUCAUAAAUGUAGUAUCCAACCAAAGUGAACAAUCUGCUUUGAUGGAUGACAGAUUACAAAUACCCAGCAACCUAAGCAAGCUGAGCAGCAGUAAGGGCAACAUCAUUAUAAGAGAUUUACAGGAAAUCACAGAAGGGGAAAAAGAUCUGUUAAAAAAGGUCAGAAAUUAUGAACAAGUGACAGUACCCAAAAACACUAAAAACUCUUUUUCUGUUGAUGAAAUUUAUAGACAAGCCUAUGGUGGAAAAGUAGGUUUAAACUCUCAAGAUAUAAGUUUAUCCGAUGUUACGUAUUUAGACCAACAGACUGCGCCGAGAUUUAAACCAGACAUGAUGGACUAUCUAUUGAGAUCUGAUCAGGUAUUCAACACUCCCAGGAGGAGGCUUUCUUAUGAGGGGUUAGCCAGUAUGGUUUCAUAUUCACAUCAGCAAAACCCUUUUGCGUUUCCUCCUCCUCCCCCUUUAUAUCCAGGUGGCUAUGAGCAACAGGGAACCCCAAUGAGCCCUCACGCUUCAGGUCCACCUGUUCCAUACUAUGCAUUUGAAGACAGUGGCCAUUCAUACUACCGCUACCCCCAGACUGUACCUCAGUACCCAAGGUUUCCUUCAACCUCACAGUACAUGGGGCAGACUACUCUCUCAACUCCUCCUUCACCCGGCUCCUUUUAUUAUCCAUCCCCACAUUUUGUGAACCCUCUUGGGGUGCCUACCUUUCCCAAUGGUGUACCUCUCCACCUCCCACCACCACCUAUAGCUCGCCAACACAGCAGCAGCAGUCCACCUCAACAUCCAUUUGUUCCACAUCCUCCUCCGCAUGGCACUAGAAGAAACAGUAUUAACAGUUUAAUCACUUCAGACAAUAAGAAUAUAGAAUCAGCUUUGAAAGUACCACAUCCUCCAACAAUGCCACCUUCACUUACUCCCAGGGAGAGUUCAUAUCCAGGACCAGUAAAUAGGCGUAUAACUGAUGGAGGUCAUUUAGAGGAUAUGAGAUUCAGUGAUUACAAACUUGAGAGAUAUUUUGAGUCACUGCAUCUUAAUGAAAGAACACCUCAAACAGUGCCAGACUUGUCUCUUGAACCUGGUGAGAAUGACAAUGAUGAUGCCAUGACGUCUGUGACAACAGCUACAGCCAAAGGUGUGACAAGUAGACUUCAAAGCUUGGGAGUUGACAUGGCUCACCUCAAGCACCUCAGGAGUGACCCCAAAUAUGAACACAUGGCCCCUUCUGAAGAUUUUGAGAUGCUCUCCAAAGGCGUCCGCUGUUGCCCUGAGUGUGGUACUUCCAAUAAGGCUUAUAUGAACUGGUGUGUGUCCUGUGGGGAGGUUUUGAUUGGCAUAGAACCACUUUUGCCAGGAAAUAGAAAAAACAAACCUAGUAGAACUAGCAAAACAAAUCAAAGUUUUGAUUUCUCAGAAACAUCAGAGGUCCAAACAGAUGUCUCCUUAAACUUAAAGUCAGGUACUAAAAUCAAAAGGGAAAGUUAUCCUCACAAAGACUCACCUGAAUCAGGACGUGGUGGAUCCUUGACCUAUUCUCCAGUCAGGCAAAACUUCGAUGACAACGAAGAACCUAAAGACAGUGGAAGAGCAUCAAUUGGUGAUCUGCAAGUAAGUACAGAGUCUCUUGAUCAGACUGAAGGAAGAAAGAAUACACAAAAUUUCUCCCAUGAAUCUAAUGAUGAUGUCUCCGAGUCUCUGAUACUUGAACAAAUCAGUGAUCCAGUUCUCAGGGAAAUAAUCAUAGCCUACAGCAAGAAAGAACUGCAAAAAUCCUCUGAGCAGGGAAGAGCACCUAAAGCCAGUUAUGCUCAACCUUCUUCUUCCAAAGCUAAUAAAAAGACUUCUGUUCCAAUAUCUAAUUUUACGAAGCAAGUAGAAAAUAUACAGUCCAAUGUAACCGUUGGCGAGUUAGAAAAUAUCUCCAAUGAGAAUGGUCAUUUGCCGAAAAAGUUGGGCAAAAGAAAGAAAAGACAUAGAGACAUGGCAAUAGAUGUUGAAAUAUUUGGCUAUGAGGAGAUCAGGGACAGUCGAAACUGCAACCAAUCUUCUGAUGCCCCUGUUGUCCCUGCCCUGAAUCUGGCUCUGUCUAGUGAGGAGGAGGAGGAGAAUAGCUCCAGUGAAAGUGACUCGGAAAGAAAUAAAAAUGAUGAUGGUGAAAAUCUUGCAAACUGCAAUGAUAGCCAGAAGAAUUUUUCAGAUGUCCCUAUCAGUAGAGAAGAAAUUGUCCAUUCAAGAGAGUCUCAAUCAGGAACAUUUUUAAAGUCUCAAAGAAGACCAUUGUCUUCCCAGCAGCGCUCUAUGAACAGAGGCAAAAGAGAACAGACAAUUAACAAUGGAGCACCCAUUCAUCAACGCCACUGGGCUAGAUCAAAUAUAGCCUGGAGUUCUUUUCAUCCCCGAGAAUUAGCAACAAGAUCCAGCCUUAACAUGGCGACUAACUCUAUGCAUCCAACCCCUCCAAGCAAAAGUAGAAGUGCGUCCAAUAUUAAUGAAGCUGUUGACUCCAGAAAUAACCAGGAAAGUAUUAUGUUGCCUGAUAGGCCUUAUGGAGUUAGCAGACAACAAAGACCAGCAAGUGCUGGAUUCAAACCUAGGGGAUCUGCUGCUGAUCCUGUUCAGAGACCAGCCAGUGCCAAAGUGAAUGCUACUAGAAUGUCCAUUGGGUUUGUUCAGACUAGAUCAGGCAGUCCUGUCAAAAGAGAACUAAUCACUACAUCUGCUGGACCCUCAGAAGAUCCUGUAAGAGAAACUUCAGAGUCAGUUUCAGAAAAUGUUCCGUGUAUGUCUGACUCUGUUGUCGCUGAUCAAACUGAGCUACAAACUUGUAAAGAUGGUGAUGAUUCACCCAGAUUUCUUUGCGCUGAACUUCACCGGCUACCCCAAGAAGAUGUUCACCAAGCUGAUAAACUUCAUGCAGUGGCUAAGAAUGCUUACAACAAGCUGCAAGAAAUGACUCCUCGCCUCGCAGAGGGUGAAAUGUCUAUGUGGCAAUGUUUACCAGAUGAGAUCUGGAUCUACGUCUUUGCUUUUCUGACACAGGGAGACCUCAAGAACCUGAUGUUGACCUGUCGUUAUUUUUGCAGACUGGCCAAUGAUGAAACUCUCUGGAGGUACAUAACAGUGAAGCCUAGAUGUGCCAUGACAGACCUAUCUUUGUCUACGAUUGCUAACCACAGACCACUCUCAUUGGCUAUGGUGAAGUGUCAAGGAAAUGAUGUCUCUCUCUCUGGACUACAUAAUUUUUUCAGGCAAUCUCAGGGAAGACUGCGAGAACUGAAUAUCUGUGGCUGCAGUCAAGGAUCUUUUGUUGGAUCUAUCUUACUGAAUGUUGCCUCUGUGUACUGUCAGAAACUGACACAUCUGGAUGCCAGUUACUGCAAUAUCACAGACGAGGCGCUCAUAGCAAUAUCAGAAUGUGCAGAAAAAUUUGAAAGUGUUUGUGUCAAUGGAUUUCAAUCAAUGAGUGACAAUGCUUUGUUAACAUUAUUAAAAAAACAUGGAAAAAGCAUAAAAACACUGGAACUCUAUGCAUGUUUCUCACUCACAGCCUCAGUCUUUCCCAAGAUUGGUGAGCACUGUAGUAAUUUGCAUAGAUUGUGUUUAGGAAGCUGCAACAAGUUGACUGACUCUGUAAUGAUCAGUUUUUCUGUUCAUUUGUCUAAAGUGGAAGAGCUUGACUUGCGAGGAUGUAAACAUUUAAGAGAUGACUGCAUCAGAAAAAUUGUUAGAAACUGCCCACGUAUUCAUACACUUGUCUUGGCCAACUGUCAGCAGAUCUCUGAUGUUGCACUCAGUGAGGUGGCCACCUACUUGAAGACUAAUUUAAGAGUGCUCGAUGUUUGUGGGUGUAAUAGAGUCAGCGACCAAGGUGUGAUCAGUUUGGCUAAGAACUGUGAUCGUUUGACCAGCGUAGACAUCAGCUCUACGAGAUGCAGCAGUACAAGCGUCAAUCAGCUUGCCUCCAACAGUUGCAAUAUGUAUUUAGAAAAUCUGAGACUGAGUUUCCUGCCUGGUUUGUCUGAAGGCUGCGUUGUAAAUCUCAUUCAGCAGUGUCGAAGAUUAAAACUUCUUCAUAUAUUUGGCUGCACUUCUUUGAGAAAUGUGUCCAGACUGCUUGAACUAAAUCCUAAGCUAUGCAUCGAGGGUGACACAACAUCUGGAACAAGGAGAUCCUAUUCAUAAAGCUGCUCUGGACUAUCGCCUACUCUGUUCUAUUUGCCCAUUUACUGUCUCAUAGUAAUCAGUCAAAGUCCAGCAUUUUAUAGAGGAAUAUGCUUUUUGACUGUGAAAUUAUAAAUAAAAACUUAAAAUGAAAUUAUCGAAUGCACACAUUAACUUAACGAAAAAUAUUUAUAAACUGUAUAUUUUGUAACAGGUCAAAAAUACUUUUAUAUUUUUAAGAAGCUCUUCUUCAUAAUGUGCUGUGGGAUCUGGUGAUGGUUCAAGAAUGUAUUACUCAAGUGCCAAAUUAUAUUUAUAAAUGUACUUUCUAAAAUGUUGCUCAAUUUUAUUCCCCUAUGUUUCAUUAUAUCAAUAAUUGAGGGAUGAUAAUAAACCACCAGUUUAAAUUGAGAACUCAUAAUAUCGCUUUAAUCAUAUUAAAAAAUAUAUAUUUUGCACAACUGUUAAAAUAUUGUUUGUUUUUUAAAAUUAUUUUGAUAAAGGGGAGAUAAGCUAAACAAUAGCUUGUUUAAAGUUUUGCUGUGGUUAUUGAAAUUGUUCAUUUUGAUUUAAAUGUAACUGCUCCCCAACAUGGGCUGUGCUAGAAUUAUGUGUAAAUAUCUAGACAGGGUAAUAUUUGUGUGUGUGUGUGUAUGAGUAUGUGCAGCUGUUCACUUUUAGUAAACAUGGGAGGUAACUAUGCUGUGAUCACACCACAAGUCCAUUCAUAUUUAUCAAGCAUUCACGUUGUAUACUAACACUGUAUGUUUUUUUUUUCAUAUGUUUACUGCAAACGCUAGUUGAGGAACAUAAUAGGAUCAUAAAUAUUAAAAACUGGUUACUUUGUUUUAGUUACACAAAAUGCAAGGCACAAAGAUAAAGGCACAUUUCUUAUUCCAUAUGCUAGGACUAAUUCAUACAAGUGCUCCUUCUAUCUUUAAUGACAUUAGAGUAUGUAAUGGAAGCCAUGAAAACCACCGACCUAGAAGAAUUAUAAGUCUCAUACUAAUAUGCAUGACUAGAUGGAAAAUUAUCUUCUGUUAAGAAGGAAUGUCUGCAACUUAUAAGAUAAGUUAAGUUAAAAAAAAUAUAUAUUAUUUGUGCCAUUAUUUGUAUUUAUUCUUUAUAUUAAAGAUGAAUCAUGAUAGAAUAGAAUAUUCUGUUCGUAUUUGUCUUUGAAUUAACAGAAUCUAAUUUUGUAUCUCAGGUUUUAAUGUUCAUACAAAAUGUUCAUACAUGCCAGUUUUCUAUUUAUUUAGACUUGUUUCUUUAAUACAUAACAAACAUUUAACUGUCAAAAAGUCACAUAAUAAACAGGGUCCAAGGUCAGGUUCACAUUGAUUACUUAGUUGAUGUCCUCCUUGAGUCUGCUACAUUCUGAAGAUCUUCCUCUGAAGGUGAUACACUAUGAUUAGUAUCUGUGGCCCAACUUGAUGUAAAAUGUAGACACUUACACUAUCAUGAAAUCAAAUAGCUUUUUUCAUUUUUAAGUUAAGAAAAACGUCAUUGGAGUUAUAGAGGUUCCACCAUGUGUCGUUAUGAAUGUAUACUAAUCAACAUGAACAACUUUAUUAGUUCAUAUUGCAACUAAAAACUAGAAAAAACAUAGCAUUAUUCAAUUCAUUAUAUAAGUGUCAAUGUUCCAUAUAAAAAAGUCUAAUUAUUAUGAAAGUGUCAAUGUGUCUCAUCCUUUAACUUGUAUGCCUUCCAUAUGUCACAAACAAUUUAAAGAAAUUUUUUUUCAGUUUUAUCUUAUAUGUAUAAAUGUUGAAGAAGCAUUACCCUUUUUUACUUACCACCCCAAGACUUCUUCUGACACCACAAACAAUACUUUAUGUCAAUCUCCUGGACACUUUGGUCUAGGAUGUAAAUCUUUUCGCUCCAGAAUUAGAAUCUUAAACAAAGUAAAAGAAACACCAUUUUUUCUUUUUGAUGAGUUUUUAUGUGGUUAGAAAUAUUUGAAACUUCUUUAGUUCUUUUAAGCCCCCACUGAAAUGUCCCUUAAGUAAGAUGGAAUGCCAAUAAUAAUGAAGUCUUUCUGUUCUUUAAAGCUCUUUUGUUUUCCAUUGUAUGACUCAUGUUGUUUGCUGUUAAACUGUUUAGUGUUCUCUUUAAUUGUCAAAAUGUAAAAAUCAAACAUAUUUUAUAAUGAUCACUCAAUUAAAGUUGUAAAAUAAUGAUUUCUCCCUGUCUCACAGUUGUUGCCAGUAUUAGUAAAAGAUUGGAAGAAUAUUAUUUUA